UAUUCCCUAAUUUGUUUCUUAACACAAUACAUUUUUAGACUUAUAUUCCAACCGAUUAGGUUGCAUUCUGAAUCAACCAAACCAAACCAAACUGAACCGGUAUUUCAUGUGUUCAUGCCUUUGAACCCAAGUCUAGUAAUUAACUAACACUUGUCAUAUAGGCAUGCAUGGAGAAUCAGUUCUUCUUGGCUUCUAAGUCAAGCAGUGAACAUAUAAACCUAAAAUCAUAACAUCUUUUCUUUGAAAUUGAAUAGACUCCCAUCACAUUCACUUUCCUAUAUAGUUUGUCUGCAAAACCUUGAUUCCAUCCUCAUUGUCUUUAAAUUUGAAGAAAAGAAUUUGCCAUCACUCAAUGCAUUCUAAGGUGAUGGUCAAAGCCCAGGUUCAAGAUUGUGACGCAGAUCUUGAUUCUCCAUUUGAAUCACUUGUGCUAGGUCUUCGCUAUCUAAUCGAGCUUGGAACCGAAAAAGAAUCACAAAGAGAUAAUAAAGCCCGUCAUGACUCUAUUACAAAAGCUAGACGAGUUUGUGUGUCAAAUUUUGCGAUGGCGGUUGCUACUCCAACAUCAAAAGGGCCGGGACAACGCAAGACUCAUCAAAUUAAGGAUGUUCAAAUUCAACGCCCUCGUGCGGUAUUAUCCAGUCCCGAUAAUGACCAUUUGAUUGGAGAGAUGAACAAGAAGGCUUCCAAACAGAAUUCUACCACAAAAACACGUGAAUGGAGGGUUAAUUUGGAUCGUGUUGACGGAGAGAAUGCACACAGAAGGAUUCGUGGCACAACCCGGACAUUUAACGCGUAAAUCGUCUAAAAAUAAAUGACUUCACUAGAUCACCAGUUUUAAAGGAUAAACCAUGUUUCACAGAGUGACAAAACUAAAGAUGUACACCCUUACGAUAUGUUCGGCUUACUAAAAUACCUGACGUGAUUUAA